AUGUUCCGACUGCUCUUUACUUUGCCUAUUUUUUACCUUGUCACUUUGGCAAUAUAUCGGAGGUUCUUCCAUCCGCUGGCAAGAUUUCCAGGCCCGCCUCUAGCGGCUCUUUCUUCUCUUACGCUCUGGUGGCUGUAUCGCAAGGGCUUUCCGGAGGCCGAUUUCGAGCGCUGGCACGAGCAGUACAACAGCAGCGUCAUCCGAAUCUCACCCAACGAGCUUCACGUUGCUGGCGCCGAGUGGUACAAGAAAAUCUACAACUACCACUCCCCGCCAAAGUACGAUGUCUUCUACGCCGGCUUUCUCGCUCCCGGCUCUCUCUUCGGCCAGAUGGAAAUCGCGAAGCACAGGGAAAAGAGAAAGUUGAUGAACCCGCUGUUCUCCAAGCGAACCAUCGCCGGCAUUUACCCUUUGGUUCUUGAGAGGAUAUCCUGCAUCUCGCAAAAGAUAUCCGAGCGCCUUGGCACUGGACCCAUCAACAUCGUCGACGCGUACCGCUGCCUGACCGUAGACAUCAUCAGCGCCUAUUCCUUCGGAAUAACUCUGGACUUGACAAACGAGGCCCCCGAAAACUUCAAGGCCGACUACCUGCGCAUCUUCGACGCCGCCCUCGGCGUUCAGAAACAAAUCUACAACAACCCGCUCAAGAGAGACAUCCUGCCAAACCUCCCAUUCUGGGCCAUCAUGGUUCUGGACAAAAGAGCCCGAAACGUCGUCAAAAUGUUCAAGCACGCGGCAAUGUGUCUGCAGCUGGUGAAGGAACGCACGACAAAAGUCUCGUAUCCUGUCAUGUUCGACAUGCUGGACCAGUACUCGGAUUUGGAAAAAAUCUCCGAAGCCAUGUCCGUCCUCAUUGCCGGUUCCGACACGACGGCUUACACGCUCUCCGUCGGCACAUUCCACAUCCUGAACGCGCCCGAGGCCAGAGAAAAGCUCGAGAAGGAGUUGCGGGAACAUAUCGUAGACCCAGAUCAGAUGCCUUCUCUCGGCGACCUCGAGAACCUUCCGUACCUGGUGGCAUGCAUGAAAGAGUCCCUCCGUGUAUCCAUGCCAGUAUCAGGGCGUCUUCCACGCGUGGUUCCCGCCGAUGGCCCUCCUAUGGUCAUCGAUGGACAAGUCAUCCCUCCUGGUGCUAUUAUCGGGUGCUCUGCAUACUCUGUUCACUACGACGAGAGUGUUUGGGGCCCGGACGCUCGCGAGUUCCGGCCAGAACGCUGGCUCACAGACGACGCGAAGCACCUGGCCAACUAUCUGGUCACUUUUUCGAAGGGAUCGAGGCAAUGUAUUGGUAUCAACCUCGCCGAAGCCGAACUGCUUGCCAUGUUCGCUCACGUCUUCCGCAAAUUUGACAUGGAACUUGUAACGAAGACUGUGACGCCACGUGACGUCUUUGCGACAGUACUUGACGAGGGGGAAGUCAAAGUGUCAUUCAAGCAUAACCGUGUUUGA